AUGUAUGAACUGGAGGACGAUGAAGCAAAGGCCAUGGCUACUGAGGUUGUUGGAUUCUACGACUCAGUGAAGAAAAAUCAAGCCGUGAUGUCCUGGGACUCGAAGAUACACGACGUUCAAAAAUCGUACGCUCAGCAGUUCUCGCACAUCUACGUGAGUCGAUUGCAGCAGCUACGUGAUGUUGUGAGUGUCCAGGUCCAAGAGCACACGGCCGGCCGUAUUCCGGUGUUGGCCAAGGUCAUUGACCUCAAGGCCGACGGCCAAGAGUGUGUGCUUAUCGGUACGUUGCUCAAGGUAUUGGAGGCCAAGCCCGACAUAUUCGAUGCACUUACCAGCGAAUCGGGUGUUAAGCCCAUUGAGACGAUCGGUCGGCCAUUGGCCACCAAAGACGACGAAUUGCUGCUCGAGGACGAGAGUGGCCGAGUACAGCUCGUCGGCAACAUCGACGUAGCUAGAUUUGUCACUGGCGUCGUACUUGGUGUCCGUGGCCGUGUGGCCCGCGACGGGCCAGAUGGCCAUUUCCACGUAGAGGAGGUAUAUCUCCCUUCGUUCCCGCCCCAACAUCCAUUGCCAGAGAGACAAGAGAGUGAGUAUGUGGCCCUGGUGUCAGGCCUGAACAUCGGCCGUAACAAGGACCACCAACCGAUCCGCAAUCACGUCCUCAUGGACUAUCUGGCCGGCCGAUUGGGCGACGAAAACGAACGAGAGUUUGUGUCAAAGAUCGUUAGAACAGUCGUGGUAGGCAACGUGAUACAAGCCACAGGUAGUGAUGAAGUGCAGGUGCCUACGAUCAAACGCAAGACGGCCGAGCAGUUGGCCCUGGAGGGCGAGCCCUUAAGAAACGCUGACGAGUUGGUGUCGACAUUGGCCGCGGCCAUGUGUGUAGACCUCAUGCCCGGAGCCUCGGACCCCAGUAACUAUACUCUACCGCAGCAAAGUUUCCAUCCGUGUUUAUUCCCGCGCAGCUCGCACUUCCAGUCUUUCCGCUGUGUCACGAACCCAUACGAGGCUCAAGUUGGAGGCGUUCAGCUGUUUGGAGAUGCUGGCCAGCCUCUGCAUAGUAUGCUGCAGUGCACACUGCCCAAAAGGGACGAUAACGACGAGAAGAUGGCUACAGAGGAGCAAGAACAAGAGCGUGCACUGGACUACCUUGAGCUGUGUGUGGAGUGGCGUCAUGCUGCUCCUACUGCGCCUGACAUCUUGGCCUGCUUCCCCAUGGCCAAUGAGGACCCGUUCAUCCUCGAAACCUGCCCGCAUGUGUAUUUUUCAGGCAACCAGCCUCGAUUCAGUACACGUCUCGUCAAAGGAGGAAAAGAUCAGCAAGUUCGACUUAUCACGGUGCCGUCUUUCUCCGAGACAUCUACGAUCGUGAUCGUAGAUCUCAAAGAUCUCUCUUGCUUCCCUAUUACCAUUGGGGCAUGA